AUGAAACGUGCUGACGAGAAUAUUGAUAAUUCUUUAUUAUCAUUAGAACAUUUUCAUGACAAUAGAACUACUUUAAUGGAUUUACCAAAUGAAAUUUUACUUCUUAUUUGUCGUUAUUUAUCACCAGCUUAUGUUCUUUAUUCGUUUUAUACACCUGAAAAAGCUGAAACACGUUUACAUCGUUCAAUAAUUGAUUAUUAUACAAAAAUAAAACUUGAUAAAAUAUCAUUUGAUGCAUAUGCCUAUAUUCACGAGUUACUUAGUGAUUCUAAUACUCCUCUUCAACCUGAAUCUCUAAUAUUAAGUAAUGAACAUAUAACUUGUUUAACACAACGAUAUUUUACUUAUAUUCAUGGCCUUUCAUUAUAUCAAUCUUUAAUAUCUCAUGAAAAUCUUCGUCAUGCUGAAAUUAUUUUAAAAACAAUCGAUGAUUUAUGUAUAUUACUCGGUCGACUUAUACCAAAUGUUCAAUCAUUAAUUGUCCAUUUAACUCAAACACGUAUUUUGACAUGUCUUCAUUUACCAUGUAAAUUAUCAUGUCCUCAACUAACUGAAUUUGCUCUGUUCGAACCUUGUGUCAGAUUAGUUAUUGAUAAUCUUAAAUGUAUUUUUAGCUCAAUGUCAAAUUUAAUUAAAUUAACAUUAAGUAUUCGUGAUACACCUGAUUCACAAUUUUGUCAUGGUCCCACAAUGGAAUCGAUAUUAACAGAAUAUUUACCACAUCUUCGUCAAUUUGAUUAUACAGUGACACAUCAAAUUAGUGAUAAAUUAUUAGUUGAAGAUUUCAUUCGAUGGCCAAUGAAUGUUACUUAUUAUUUUAAUGAAAAUUCUAAAUGGAUCCAUAUAUAUUCACUACCAUGGCCAUCAAAUAAAGAUGAUCAACGACGAUUACCUAUUGUUAAAAAUGGAUAUAUGACAACAGUUGGAUCAGAUGUUAAACAAGCUGAACAUAUGAAACAUGUGAAGAUUACAAAAUCAGAUGAAUUAAUUGAAUUGGAAACUCGUUUUCAUCGAGUUUGUAAAAUAACAACUUGUUUUUCAAUUAAUAGGAAAUUACCUGAACGAAUUACAAAAUUGAUUCUUACAGAAGAAACUCCUAUUGGUUCCAUACAGUCAAUAGUUCAACCUUAUAUUCAUCAUUUAAUUGUUGAACGUCGUUUAAUUGAUGAACAAGAAAUAUCUUCUCUUGCUCAUCAAUAUCCAAAUGUUAAAUAUUUAGAAUUAUUAUUUCCAUUGGAUAAUUCGUUAUUUCUUCGGUGCUUUCAAGUUUUGUUUAGUAUGGAUGAUAGUAGUGAUAAGAAGUUACGUUUUUGGUCUGGAUUAAUCAAUUUUUCGACGAAAUAUGUUUAUGGACAAUCAAAUGGAAUACUAAGUGACGGUAAAUUUCAUCAAUGGCUUAUUGACAAUACUGAUUUGAAAUAUCAUACGUUGAUAUUUUAUGCAAACUGUUCGAAUUCAAUGUUUUCUAUUUGGCUUUAA